AUGGGCAGUGGACAGAGGUCCAUUGCCUCAUUCUUUGGGGCAGGCAAGCGCUCGAGCCCUCGCUUGAAGCCCUCCCCCAGCAGGCAGAAGGGCAGGGCCAGCCCAGCCAGAGCCUUGGACCUCGAGGCCGGGUCUGAGCCACCAACAGCCGCAGCGACCGCGGGCCAGCGUCUGCGCGUCUUCUGGCCGGCGGAGAAGGCCUGGUUCGAGGGCCGGGUGGGCGAGGUGCAGGAGCGCAAGGGCAAGCGGCGCGCCUACGUUGCCUACGACGACGGAGAUGAGGAGUGGGUGGACCUGGAGCGCGACCGCUUCGAGGUGCUGGAGCCGGGCAGGAAGCGCGCCCGCGCCAAGGCCGCCCAGGUACUGGACUCUGACUCCGAGGCCGAGCCCUCUGCCUCCCAGGGCUCCGAAUUCCUGGCCAGCGAGGAGGAGGGGGAGGAGAGCGACGAUGACAGCGUGAGCAUGGCCGCCAGCGAGGCAGAAGAGGAGGAGAGCGAGGCGGAGAGCGACGUCAAACCCGCACGAAAGCCGGCGGGCGGCAAGACUGCCAGCGCGGCGGCAAAGGCCUCCCCUGGAGCCGGUGCUGCUGCAGGGAGGAAGCGGGUGUCCUCGGCCACCACGCAGGCGACCCCCUGCCCCGCAUCGCAGUCCAGGGGGGGCCUGCCCCCGGCGACCCCAGCCUCCGGUCUGAGACCAGCUGCAAGGAACCUGGCGGAAGCCCUUGAAACCCCAAGCUUUGCCACGCCGGCCACCUCUGGGCCGGCCGCGACGCCCGGGAGCGCGCUGGGCGGCGCGCUGUCCGCCGGUCCCAGCGAGCGCUUUGGCGUGCGCGCGACGUCCCGCUUCCCCUUCCUGCGGCCCGACCGGGUGCGGGACGCGGAGGGGCGCCGCCCCGGCGACCCCGGCUACGACCCCACCACCCUCUUCCUGCCCCCCACAUGGCUGCACGACGCCAAGAUUUCCGAGGGCCAGCGUCAGUGGUGGGCCUUCAAGGCGGCCAACUUCGACGCGGUCCUGCUCUUCAAGAUGGGCAAGUUCUACGAGCUGUUCGAGAUGGACGCCCACGUGGGCGUGGAGCUGCUGGGCCUGACCUACAUGAGGGGGGAGCAGCCGCACGCCGGCUUCCCCGAGGCCGCCUACGCGGGUAUGGCGGCCACGCUGGCGCGCGCCGGGGUCAAGGUGGUGGUCAUCGAGCAGACCGAGACCCCGGAGGCACUGGCCGCGCGCAACGAGAAGCGGCGCCAGAGCGGCCAGAAGAAGGUGAACGUCGUGCGCCGCGAGAAGGUGGCGGUGCUGACGCCCGGCACGCUGACGGACGCGGAGAUGGUGUCCUCCACCCCGGACCCCACCUGGCUCCUGGUCCUGGUGGAGCUGGAAAGCACGGCGACCGCGGGCGUCGCUCACGACGGCCCCCCCGGGCGCGUGCCGGCCUCGCUGCCCGGCGCGUCGCCGGGCCCCGGGGCGGCGUGCGACCCCCUGGCCUCCCCGGCGCAGCUCAGCCUGGGCGCCGUGGCGGUGGACGUGGCCUCCGCGCGGCUGCGCGCCGGCCAGUGGGCCGAGGACGAGCUGCGCGGCGGCCUGCGCGCGCUGCUGUGCACGCUGCGCCCCGCGGAGGUGGUCAUCGCCGGCGCGCUCAGCGCGCCCAGCGCGCGCGUCGUGCGCGGCAUGCUGCCCGGCGCGCUGGUGGAGGACCAGGUGCUGGCGCUGGCUGAGGUCGAGGCGCUGGACGUCGUCGUCGGCAGCGGGUCGGGGGAGACCGGUCCUGGUGUGGACUCAGCAUCGAAUGGCGACGCAUGCAUGCAAGGCCCCCGCCCGGCGCACACCAGCCACCUUGCCAUGGAUGCGGCGGCGCUGGAGAACCUGGAGGUGCUGGAGGGCGGCGAGGGCGGCGCCGGCACUCACGCCGGCGCCGGCCUGGCCGGCUCGCUGCUGGCGGCCGUGGACCACUGCGUGACGCCCGGCGGGCGCGGCGCGAUGCGCGCCUGGCUCGCGCGCCCGCUGUUCGACCCCGGCGCCAUCCGCGCGCGUCAAGACGCGCGUGCGGUGGUGCGCCUGGCGGCCGCGGGGUUGGGCCUGGGGCCCGCGCGCGACGCGCCGCGUGUCGUGCUCUACGAGGACACCGCGCGGCGGCGGGUGCGGGGCGUGGCGGCCACGCUGCGCGGCCUGCGCCGCAUCCAGGAUGCCGUGGCGCAGUUCCAGGGCGUCGACGGGGUGGACGCGGACUUUGACGCCGCGACGCGCGCCAUCGUGGCCGCCGAUGCCGCGCUGGACGACUACCUCGAGGAGGUGAAGGGCUUGCUGAAGACUCGAGCGGGGGUGACCUACGUCUCACUCAAUAAGGACAGCCACGUCCUGCAGCUGCCCGAGGUGUUUGUCGGCGUAGCGUCGGUGACCACGCCCGCCUCCUGGGAGCCCAUGACGGCGAAGAAGGGGGUUCGGCGAUACACCAACACCCAGCUGAGGGCCCUGGUCAAGCGGCGCGAGGCGGCGCAUGAGGCACGAGUCGUGGCCCAGGCCGGCAUCCUCGUGGCGCUGCUGAGGCGCUUUGCCGAGCACCAGGGCGUCUGGUCGGCGGCUGUCGAGUGCUCGGCGCAGCUGGACGCCCUGCUCUCGCUGGCGGUGGCUGCCGGCUCCAGCGCAGGGCCGAUGUGCCGGCCCGAGAUCCUCCCCUGGUCCGACGUCGGCGGCCCCAUGUUUGAGGCCAAGGACCUGCGGCACCCCGUCUCCGCGGUGAUGGAGGCGGCUGCCAUGUCCAGCGGCGGCGGCGGCGGGUUUGUGCCCAACGACGUGUCGCUGGGAGCCGACGCGCCGCCCUUCCUCGUGCUGACAGGCCCCAACAUGGGCGGCAAGUCGACGCUGAUGCGCCAGAUCUGCCUGGCGGUGGUGCUGGCUCAGGUGGGGGCCUGGGUCCCUGCGGCGAGCCUGCGCCUGACCCCUGCCGACUCGCUGUUCGUGCGCAUGGGCGCGCGCGACCGCCUGCUCCUGGGCCAGUCCACCUUCUUCGUGGAGAUGGCAGAGACCUCGGCCGCGCUGGCGCGUGCCACCCGGCACAGCCUGGUGGCGCUGGACGAGCUGGGCCGUGGCACGGCAACCAGCGAUGGCGCCGCCAUCGCCGGCGCGGUGCUGGAGCACCUGGCAAGCGACCUGCGCUGCCGCGGCCUGUUCGCCACGCACUACCACGCCGUGGCGGAGCACGCACAGGUGGCGCUGCCGGUGGCGGUGUGCCACAUGGCCUGCCGCGUGGACGGCGACGGCGGCGACCACGUCACCUUCCUCUACAAGCUCGUGCCGGGGGCCUGCCCCGCCAGCUAUGGCGUCAACGUCGCCAGGCUGGCGGGCCUGCCGGACGCCGUGGUGCGGCGGGCAAGCAGCAUGGCGGCCUCCCUGGCACAGGGGGCCACCAUCGACGGGGAGGAGGGGGCACGGGAGAAGCUGGGCAGCAUCCUGGAGGCCUGCCGGCGGGGGCCCAAGGCCGUGCAGGCAGCAUGGCUGUCCAUGCGCCGCCCAGCCAUAUCAGUGUGA